AUGAGUGAAUGUCUGAAGUUUACGAAUGAUCAAGAUCGAGUACGUGAUUCAGAAAGUCGCAUGUCAAUAGAUACUCCACAUGAAAGUUCGAGUAGCACUACCAACAUAACACCUGUGAGGCAUGCCGACGUUUACAUGUGUACACAACAGGAUCCAACGACAGGAGACACGUGGAGCGAAUACGUUCAACCAUAUGAUUAUCACAGUAUCCCCAAAACGUUUUUGAACAAGAAACGAUGGAUACCUGACAUACACCAGAUUCAUAUUUUUAUUUUACUCCUCCACAAAGUCCUGAAACUUUUUGUUAUCUUUGGAGAACAUGAUCGUGCUGGCGGUAAUGAGAUAAAUCCUACGACAGAAGAUAAAUUACCUUCAAGUUCAUCUCAAAUGGAUACAAAGCGUUCAUUGAAUGAUACCGCUAGAUUACGGCUUAUUGAUACACCGAAAACAAGUCUUAUGUUGAGUCAAACAAAACAUUCUGCCAUUUUAAAUCAACAACAAGAAACAUUAAGAGACAAAAACUCGUCGCAUUACGCGCAAGUUUCUGCAUCUGGCUGGGCUUUAAGGACCAGAAAACAAACCGCAAGAAUCAAAGAUAAUGUGAAAAAUUUUAUCGAACAAAUAUGGCUAAAGGGAAAAAUAACAGGGCGUAAAGUCACACCCGAAUUAGUCGUGCAACGAAUACGAACAGAAAGAAAAUUCAACAAUGACAAAUUGUUUGAACCGUCUGAGUAUAUAACCGCCAAUCAAGUAAAAUAUCAACUUAGAAAGUUCAACAAAAAGUAUGAAAUUGAAACACAACAAGAAUUCAUUGAUGAAUUAGUAUAA